AUGCCCAAACCCAUCGUCCUCCACCUCGGCGACCCCAUCGCCUACAACCACGAUCUCUACAACGGGCCCUUCUCCGAACGCUUCACCAUCAUCCGAAACGAAGACCUCACCCGGGAAUCCUUUAUCGAGGCACUGAAAUCCAACAAAUACGGCUCCAUCACCGCCCUCCUACGUCCCCACUUCGCCUCCGGCAACGAAAUGUCCCCUUGGGACCCCCACCUCAUCUCCCUCCUACCCCCCAGCAUGAGAAUCUUCUCCUCCGCCGGCGCCGGCUACGACACCGUCUCAAUCCCGUCCCUCACAGAGCGCGGAAUCUACUACACCAACGGCGCAGGUGCAUCCGAUGAAGCCGUCGCAGAUACAACCCUCUACAUGAUAUUGUCUGUAUUUCGACAUUUCACGGCGUCGCAGAUAGCUGCGCGCUCGGGCGAUCCAGCUAGAUUUUUAGACUGUCAUAGGAAUUUAGCGGGUAUUUCAAAUAACCCUAGGGGGAAAGUACUCGGGUUGAUUGGAUUAGGUAGGAUUGGGGCGUUAGUGGCAAAGAAGGCUCGGAAGGGAUUAGGUAUGGAGGUCGUUUAUUUCGACAAGGUGCGGUUAGACGGUGGUGAGGAACGGGAGCAGGAGAUGGGUGUGAGAUGGGGCGGGGGGUUACGGGGGGUACUCGAGGUAGCGGAUGUGGUUUCUGUGCAUUGUGAUUUAAAUCCCGGGACAAAGGGGCUGAUUGAUAGGGAGAAGAUAGGGUGGAUGAAGGAUGGGGUGAGGGUGGUGAAUGUGGCGAGGGGGGGAGUGGUGGUUGAGGGGGAUUUGGUGGAGGCGUUGCAGAGGGGAAAGGUGAGUGCGGCGGGGUUGGACGUGCAUGAGUCUGAACCGGUGGUUGAUGAGAGACUGGUGGGGAUGGAGAAUGUCACGUUGACGACGCAUGUUGGGGGUGGGGUGGUGGAGACGAGGAUGGAGUUUGAAAGGUUGGCGAUGGAGAAUAUUUUGGCUGUGGUGGGGGAGGAUGGAGAGGUGAGUGGGGAGCCGUUGACGGCGAUUAAUGGGGGGACGUGA